AUACUCGUCAAGUUUCCUUUCAGAACUACCAUUAUGAAAUCCGUGAAAUUCCUAAAAGAGUUGCCCAAAAAUGAACAGAAAAAAUUUUUCGAAUCAUUCGAUACUGUUUUCUUCGAUAUGGACGGCGUAAUUUGGCGCAAUUACGACCCGAUACCGGGAGCCCCCGAUUGCCUGAACAACCUAAAAAAACUGGGAAAGAGCGUACGAUACGUGACCAACAACAGCACGAGAAGCUGCGAAAACAUUUCGGAAAAUCUGAAAAACUGCGGCGUCGAGGCCGAUGUAUCGGAUGUGGUUAAUCCGUUGAAAUCGAUGAUUUUCCUCUUGCGAAAAUCCAACGUUACCGAUCCCAUGUACGUGAUGGCUCCGAAAUCAACUAAAAAAGAGCUGGAGAAGCACGGUUAUAAAAUAUUAGAGGAAACUGCUCACGGGGAUUUUGAUCAACCCAGUGACAUACUUGCUUAUCACGAUAGCGCGAAAAAUCAAAAAAUCGGGGCCGUUUUGUUUGAUGCAGAUUUCAAUAUUGAUUACCUAAAGGUGCAAAAAGCGUAUUGGUAUCUGAAAUACAACCCGAAAUGUUUGUUUUUGGUAAAUUUGAUGGACAAAACCCUGCCGGUCGGACCAAGAGGACCGAUUUUAGGCUGGCACUAUUUUGUUCAAUCUGUGAGGGAAUUGCUGAAAGUGGAUAAUGUGGAUAGAAGUGAUUUUAUAUCAAUUGGUAAACCAUCAAAAGUAGUGGUGGAUUAUAUUAAAGAAACUUAUAAUAUAUCACAACCUGACAGAGUAUUGUUCGUGGGGGAUUCGAUUGAAACGGAUCUAGUGACCGCCUCUAAGGCGGGUUUCCAGAAACUCCUGGUGCUCAGCGGCACGGACAAGCUGGAAAGUCUGGACCGCUGGCAGUACCCGGACCACUACAAACCUGAUUAUAUAGCCGAACAUUUGGGAGAUUUUAAUGAUGUUUUAAAAAACCUUUACGCCUAA